AUGGCAACCGUUCUCCGUCAUGGCCGUAAGGGAGGAAAGGUAAGUUCAUCUCCAGCGGUCGGCCCACGAGCUAUUACACCUGGAAGUGCCAUGUCUCCCGUCUCACUGCAAGCGGGCGGAGAAGGCACCACCAUUAUCAGCGACCUAAGCGCAGCGCAUCCGUUUGACCCGGAUGCAAUUGCGAAUGUUGCCAAAAAAGCCUCAACCAGCGAGGCCAAUGUUCUUCAGUUUGACAUGGAAGCCAUUCAACACAUUGGUAAAGGUGUAAUGGUGGGACGGACGAAGCAGGUGCGAACCACAACCCGUCAGCCGCAGGUUAGAACUACAGAAGCGGUACUGAAGUUACGAAAUACCAUUGGGGAGCAAAAGACAACGCCGGAAUCCCUAACACAUCCUUUGGCUCUUGAAAAACUUACAGACCACGAUGUUUUGGUGGUACACACGCCUCGAGACGCUAUGGUUUCGGCAGUGUCUCUUUCUAUGUCGAAACAACAUCCAAAGGUGCUGGUGGUGGUCCCCAAGUAUUUUGAGGUGACUCCUGUUAGAAGGUAUUUGACUAAUUUGACCAUCAACAAUUUAAGGGUAAUGGCGGGAGAAUUUUGCGGGCAAACGUUUCAGGGUUUUCAGUCAGACUAUUUAUGGGUGACAAGCGCAGAAAUGGCGCUGCUUUGUCUGACAAAACUGCAGAGCAUGGCUCCCUUUUCAUACGUGGUGGUCCCUGGGCAUCUUGGCACAUCUCAAUUGGUUUCAUGUUUUGUCAAGGCGUUUGCUCAAUGGAUGCUAAGUGGAGCGGCGUCAACUCAGUUUGUGAGGCUUGUUGUAACAUCGGAUCGAAGGGAUCAAAACGAAUUUCAAGGCAUGUUUGGGCGACUUAGAGUCGCUUUUGAUCAAGAUCCAGUGAAACGUGUUACGGAGUUCUCGUACGGUGAAACAUGUGCUCUGGUUGAAAAGGAAAUGAUGGAAAUGGAGCAGGAUGGAUCUGGAACCUUUCCACCGCCCACAAAGCGGCUUAUUGACUACACAGCAAAGCUUUCAGCAGACGUCGUGCAGUGCAUUAUUAAAGGAAAUGAGAAGCCACAGGUCAUUGCCGUCUUUACGGCUGAGGCACGCAAUGUUUUAAUUGCACUUCAAGAAGCUCAUCUUGAGGAUUGUGCUAUUUACUCGGGAUUUCAAAACACUGAAGACACAACAAACGCUAAACACCGUGUAUGUGUAAUGAAUCAUGUUCGUCACGCUUUGGGCGUGGAUGAUGACUGCACCAUGGUGAUUGAUAUGGGCACUAUUCGUCGUCCAGCAGCGCAGCACAAGUCUGAGAGUUUCAUGGCUGCCAGUACAACCGAAUGGGAAACAAAAGUGGAACGUGCAGGACGUUUAUCCCUUCUCGAGAGGAGGCAAGGAUGUUGUUAUUUUGCCUUGUACCCCGAUGAAGUUUCCGCAGCUUUCAGUGAGGAUGCCACAUCCCUCCCUGAUGUCUUUGACGUGGAGGAUGCAUUUGUUCAUUGUGCUCGUCUGAAUAUCCCUAAGAGGGAAGUAGCAGCUCUCCUUCCGGCUGUUCCGGCCGAAACUGCCGAACACGUAUUGCAUAAUCUUGCCGAAAAAAGCAUUAUAUCCAGUACACAGGACUUUGCCAUUACGUUUGUAGGGGAAGUGGCUUCCCGUCUUCCUGUGGAUUUAGACAUUGCGUCCUUUAUUAUAGGUGGUUGUAACCUUGGCCUUGGUGAGGCCGCCUUAGCCAUUGGUAGUGUAGCGGCGUUGCCCUUCCGUUCCAUUACUCCGUUAACAUGCAGCAGCGCCUCUUGGGAUGAAUUCACAAACCGAAGCCGUGACCAAUACGCUGAUGAGAUUGCACCUCAGAGUGACCUCCUUGCUGACACCCUCGUCUUUCUUGAGUGGCUUACACUGCGUAUUAAGGGAGAGUCCACCACGUGGUUUCUUGAGGAGACCCUUAUCCAGGAGUUUAGGUUGAUCAAUAUUGAGAACUUGAUGAAAUAUAUGCGAGAACAGUUGAAAAAUUAUGUAUUCCUAGAUCGUGUUAAUACACCAGAGUCUUUGAUUAACGUGGCAAGCGCUAUACGGGGAAAGACGACCAUCCUUUUACUUUUGGCGUCUGUGGCCUUGGCACGACGUACCGCCUUUAUUCGCGACGCAGGACACCUCAACGAAAAGGAUCGUUAUGCUUCCAUGGCCUUUGUUCGCACUUCCAAACGAGUGGUGCCACACACUUAUAUUCCCUCAUCUAUAAAAUGGGAAACUGGUAAGAUUAUGGUCCCGGUAAUUCUUAAAAACAGCACAAAUAUUCUUGCCGGUGUGUUCUCGCUCAUUCACGCACCAUAUUUUUUUGCCUCACUUCUGCUUCUCUAUCCAUCCGUGGAGUACUCGAAGCCCGUGAUAAAGGAUAAUGCCACUGUCGUGUACUUUGGCGUCUCAUGUAACCGUCAGAUGAAACGCUUCGUGGUUUCUAUUGAAGAUGCUGUACGAAUUCUCGAUUUCCGGGAUAAUAUAAAUCUGGCGCUGGGUUGUAUGCAGGCACUUCGCACUUCCACCCCUCCCAUCUCGAGAAUAACGUUUUCUCUCUCUCUGAAGAGUUUUGAUCGUCACUUUGACAUUGGGCAGCUGCAUAAGGACAUUUGCUCGCAGCUGCUUGAGCUGGUGAACGUGUUAAAGGUAACGGAGUAUCAAGGGAGCUUUGAGACCUACGUCACGCACUGCACAGCCCCAAGGGAGUUGUUGCCCAAGGCUGACAUACCUGCGCAUGAUGAGGAGGUACUUCGUUGGUUUGUGGACGGCACAGUGUGGGAAAAGUUGCGCACUCCCAGCUCUGCCGUAAUGCAAACCAGCAGUUCUUUUGAGGAUGGGCCACAGUGGUUGGAUGGAGUUUCGAUCUUUGCCGCGAACUACGAUGACUACUAUGAUGAUGUGGAGAUAAUGUCGGAUUCCUACUUUAUGUGCCACGGCCCACUCAUUGAGGACGAUGAUGAUUGGUAA